AAAACGGAAAAAUGGCUUUGAAAUUACUAUUUUACCCAUUUGUCAUCUCCCUAUAUAAACCUCAGUGGACUUGUUUCAGUUAGCGUAACCACUCGCAGUGCUAAAGAAUUCCCUAGCAAACCGUCUCUAACAAACUUCUAAACAAAAACUACUUUAUUCUCUUUCUCACUCGGCAUUCUCUCUCUACACUGUUUCAACAAUGUCAAUGGUUUCUCCUUCUUCAAGAACUCAAACGUCACCGCGCUCGUACUCCUCAGCGUUUGCGUCCACGUCGACGACGAACUUCUCUCCUGGAACAUACUCCUCCGCGAACGCCAGAGUGCAGCGCAACCUUCCAUCAUCUUCAUCAUCGUCGUCGGUGAGAUUCUUGGCAGUGGAGCAGAGAGUGGAGUCUCCAGUGCGGCGCUCAAUGACGGUGGCGACGACGAGUCAGACGAAGAAGGAGGCGGUGUCCUCGUCGUCGUCGUCGAACACUGAGAGCGAGAAGAGGAAGUGCAUGUGUUCUCCAACCAUGCAUCCUGGAUCGUUCCGAUGCGCGUACCACAAACAAUUAGCGGAGAGGCAGCAGCAACAGGAGCAGCGACAACAGCAACAGCGGCAGCAACAACAACAGCGGCAGCAGGAACAACCGCAGCAGCAGCAACAGCAACCGCGGCAGCAGCAGCAAACGAUGCCGCUAAGCGGUAGAAAACUGAACCUUCUGAGAUCUGCGAUGAAGAAUUCGGUGGUGAGGAGGAUUGGAGGAGUGGACGGAGAGAUUGUUCGGAGAGCCUUGACGACUCUGAUUAGACCGUCGUCACACUACUUGCAUCGCCGUGUAGCAUUUCAGCCCAGGCCCACUCGGCUCUCCCUCAUGUCCAAAGCCCAAGACCAAUCAAUUCUCAAUAAUAAACAAUAAUACUCUUUUUUCAUUUUCGGAAAAAUACACUUGUAUGUAAAUACUCUAGGUUUUCUUUCAACAGCAAUAACUG